CUGAGUACAAAUGCAGCGUUUCAGAAACACACUCAGACACAGAGGCGUGCUCUUUCACGUCACACACACUCAUCAAUCCAAGCAACCAGGACUUAGGGAGAUGCCGGCUGGCAGACACUGACAGCAACAACACCAAUCCGGAUCCUGCGGACUUCCCACCUCAAGUGCAGUAAAAACAAUUCACCGGAGAGACCAUAUUGACCUCCCUCUGCUGUCGAGAGAGCACCUGAUCCCUUCAGGGCAAAACAGGGAACCGACUCUGCUGGAAACACUGCUACAACAGGCCCCAAGCGUAGAGAGAGAGAGACAAGAUGCUGGCUCAAAUCCUUGAACAGAUGUGGGUGGACCCCGAAGUGCUGGAGGCCCUCAGCGAGGAGCAAAAACGAAUUCUCUUUCUGAAGAUGAGAGAAGAGCAGGUACGUCGCUGGAGAGCACGAGAGGAGAAGGAAGAGAGAGAAGGAAGGAGCAACAGGAACACAAGGCCUAAGAAAGCUUCCAGUAAACAAGUGAGCUGGCUCCUUAGUCGGGAUGGUGAAGUGAGCGUGGUUGUGAUUGGGGAGGUGGAUGAAUUUAGAUCCUCCAAAGUCCUACAGAACCACAUGAACAACAGACUAACUGAUGGUACGAAGUGCAACCAGACGGUGGACCUGCUGCCAGGAAGUGAUGCCCAGCAGCACAGCAUCAAAGGCGAAGCCAGGCUCCCUCCAACAGAUGUUAAUGAGGAUCCAAGUUCCCCGAACAACCAGUCAUCUGAGGAGGACUGCAGCACUGAUGAGGACCCAAAGGACUCAGCUGAAGACAGUUGCAGUGAAUCAGGCGGCAGCUCGGAGAACGUUAGCAAGCUCAAUCUCGCCUACAGGCCUCAUUUUCAGAGAGAAAGCAAGCUGCAGAUAAAAAGCAGGCAGACAGACCUAGAGAAAGACCCCCAACAGGACAAAGGUGAGAGAAUCAAAGGAUUCCAGUCUGUGGGAUGAAAUUAGGAUACCUCA